CCCGAGUCUCAGUGUUGAAACUCAUGUGAGAGCCAUGAAUGGAGACCCUGUCAGCGCCUGAUUCGAAUCAAUUUUUCGAUCCUUUCAGUUGAAUGUGUAUGAUGGAUUCAGGCCGCGGUAUCCGAAGGCUGAGAAAUCUAGCUCAACAGAUUCGUUCGUACAGAACCCCUCCAAAAGACGCGGAUAAAGAAGAAAGAAAAACCGCAUCAGGAAAAGUGAGCCUUGCAGAAUCUACGGCCAAGAGAGCUGCCGUUCUCGUCUGUAUCUUCGAGGGCGACGCCGGAGAUCUGCGCGUCAUCCUCACCAAACGCGCCUCGAACCUCUCUUCAUACUCAGGGGAAGUGGCACUGCCUGGAGGAAAGGCUGAAGAGGGCGACACCGAUGACUGUGAGACUGCAUUGAGAGAGGCCAAAGAAGAGAUUGGAUUGGAUCCGUCGCUGGUCACAGUUGUGACUGUCUUCAAUCCAUUCUCUGCUAAGAAAAAUACAAGAGUUACUCCUGUGAUCGGCAUGCUUUAUGAUAAGCAGGCAGUCAAGCCUGUCGCAAAUCCUACUGAGGUGGAAGUGAUAUUUGAUGUUCCCUUGGAGAUGUUUCUUAAGGAUGAAAAUCAUUGGUCAGUGGAGAUGGAAUGGAUGGGUAUCAAGCACCACAACCAUCACUUCAAUUUCCAAGUGGGGAAUGAGAAAUUUGUGAUAUGGGGGUUAACUUCUGCGAUCUUGAUCCAUGUUGCAUCAGUUAUAUACCAGCGGCCACCACCAUUUAAUGCACGGUGGCCUUAUAUCAAGGUCGGAACUCAUAGUGGAGGGAAUGUGUUGCCGUGAGGCGUGAACCAAGAACCAUCUUAUUAUCAAUUAUUUUAGGGACAAAAUUUAAAGCAUCUCAUCGGUGCCAUUGUAAAAUUUCCUUGAUUGUUCUACUAUUGUGAAAAUCCAUGUACUAUAUGCAUCAGCCACAAGGAUUUGUUAUAAUGGAACAUUGAAAAUCACUGAUGGUUUCUUCA